UCCGUCGAGAACAUACUUGGAAACAAUGGAUAACAUUCUCCUCCUAGGCAACAGAUAGGUAACUAACGAUGGAGUAUGAAGAUGAGACCUGGAAUGAUUCAUAGUUAACUAUCGGUGGUGAUAGUGACUCAGAUGAUUGGUGAACCGUCCACCUGUCGCAUAAGUAGGAGAGGCAGAUAAUAUUUACUAGAAUGUGUGUCUGUGUGUGUGCACACACACACAUCGCAUAGAUGAGGCCAAAGGUAUAUUCUGUCCUAUCAACCACUAUCUAUCUACAAGAGACUGGCCAGCUCCCCCUGCUACUGCAGUGCACAGCAAUAUGCAUGACAGCCUCGUCGCGGUAUCCCAAAUCCACAGGCUUCCCCCAGCCAAGACUACGAGUGGCGAGGCCCGGGUUCCAUGCAGAAAGGAGCGCGCUGUGCCCUUUGUCCAGCUCUGGUCUUAGCGCGACCUCUCAUCCAUCCGAUUGGGUCCUCUUCCAAUCUUCUAGACGACCCGGCAUCUACUCCACUCUCGCCGAUCUGAUUCGCCAUAGGCUCCAAACGGCGACGUUAGGAACGAUUAUCCUUGGGACCGCGGUUGUAGGUGGAGCUGCUGUGUACACUGUGAUUCGUUGCGUUUUUGCCUGCCUCCAUUUCUCUUACGAAGUUAGUGCAUAAGUCAAGUAACUUGGAAGGCUAGCGCCUGCAGCAGCGCUAUGCGCUAGUGUAAGGCUCUUGUGUGUAGUGCUUUUUCCCUUCCUUUCAUUU